AGGUUAGAGCUUCAAAUAUGAUAGCAUGUAAUGGAGAUUUUGUUUUAUGUAAAUUUUGGGUGUUUUAUAAAUCAUGAUUCUUGAUUCAAAGCUAUGUUAUAGUUGGUUGAGUAGAUCUUCUCUAUGUUUUGAUUAAUUGGUACUAUAAGAUCUUGGAGUCAGAGAUUUUGAUAAUUGAUAGCAUCUCUUUUCUUGUUGAUCACAGAUUAAGAAAAGUAGGUUAGGAGUUUUUAUCAAUUGGGUUCUUAUUUCUCUUUUCAUACAUUCAUAAGCCAUGGUAUAUUGUACUUGAUUAUUGAGUUUGAGAAGUGAAGAAGAAAAAAGAUAGAAACUUUUCUGUUGUAUAAUCUAAUGGCUUCAUCUGGUUUCCUUUUGAUUUGUAUGCUUCACUCUUUGGUAGCUUUAACUUGUGGGGCUUUGAUGAUGUUUUAUACAAAUGAGAUUUCUGUAUUUGGCCAUGGCAUUGAGGUAGCUACUAAGCUUAAAGGAUCAACACUACAUGACCAACUCUUGAUCCAAACCUCUGAUUCCUUUUCUGGGUUGCUCUUGUUUGCUAUUGGUUUUUUGUUAUUUAUGGUGGCAUUUAUCAAGGAUAGAGAAUUCCAAAGUUUCUUUGCCAAAGGUUGUGUAUUGCUUCAUGUUUCAAUGGCCAUUUGGAGAAUCUACUUUGAGAGGAAGCUUGAAGAUCUGGCUCAUGAUUUGCCUAGACUGGUUGUGGGUGAUAUUGUAUUGGGUCUUUCUUGGGUUUUCUUCCUUGUUUACUCAUGGAGAGAGAAGUAUGAUUAGCUACAACAGUGAAAUUGUGGUGUCAUGACAAGACCUUAUAGAACUUGAUCAUGCUUUGGGGACUUUUCUUGAAUAACAUUUUUCAGCCUAAAUUGUUGCAGAAAUAUGGGUUUUUUACCAUGUGGAUUAUUUGGCUUUUGUGGUGGAGAUUGCAGUCUGUGUAUGGAACUAAAGAAAAUUGGAGGUAAAGCAUGGAUUUGUCCAAAAUCUUGCUUAGGAUCUUGAAAAUGCUUGAAAGUGGAGAUGCGAUUUGCUGUUGGCAUAUUUACUUCUGCUGAAUUCUAGGUUUCAUGCUCUUCAACUUCCUUGUAAAUGGAUCCAACUUGUGCAUAUUUCAUGAUUGACAGAUGAGAAUUGCAGAAAUGUACUUGUAUGUUUCCAGCCAAUCUUGCUUUGUUAUUUUUUUCAAAGAACCUUUUGUUUUGCUGCAUUUCAAUCUGUUUCAAUGGUAUUUUCUCUAAUUAGAUUA